UGGAAUAACUCAAGCAAAAGCAAUUAAGGAAAUACUGGAAUCUUGGAAUCUCUGGGAUUCGGUACAUAGUGUAUGUUUUGACACUACAUCUUCAAAUACAGCAUGUAGCACUUGCAGUUUCUGGAAAUAUGUCUGAUGGACCAGUUGAUAAUCUUUUCAAAAAAAUUCAAAAUUUCUGGGAAACUAUUAAGCCUGACAUAAAUUUAAACAAUCUUAACAGGUUUGAAUGGAGCAAGAGAAAAGGAACAUUUUUAGAAGAACAGGCUCUAAAAACCAAAAUAUAUCUUGAAUACGCCUUGUUUACAGAAAAGUUUCCUCGUGGUAACUAUAAGCAUUCAGCAGAACUUGCCUUGGUUUGGCUAGGCAGUGAUAAGCUUGGAAAUUUUAAGUUUCGUAAACCUAUAGCUUUUCAUCAUGCAAGAUUUCUUUCAAAAGCUAUCUACUACAUGACAAUAGAACUGCUUACAUUUCAUUUGCAACAAUUUGAUAUAAUUAGGGAAGAAUAAAUAGCAACAGUCCCUCAAAUUGCUGAGUUUAUUGGGCUUUUUCAUGCAAGAUGGUUUCUGAAAGCACCAUUGGCAGUUUCUUCUCCUUCUUUAGACUUAUGUGCAAUCAGGGAUAUGACCAAGUAUGGAUCAUUUAACAAAACUGUGUCAACUACUGCUAUUAAAAGUAUUAAAAAUCACUUAUGGUUUCUUACAGAACGAAAUGUUGUGUUUGCUCUUUGCAACGAAACACUUGACA